AUGAAUAAACCAAUUUAUAGGGAGUAUCAAAAUCAUUAAGGUGAUAAUGAAGAUCCUAAUAAUACUAAAAUGAUCUAAAUUACAGAUGAUAGCAGUUUAAAUCGAAUUAAUGAUAGUCUAAAAGAUUCUAUGAAUGAAUACAAUAAAUAUGGAGCAUAAAAUAUAUUUUCUCCAUCCAACAGCAUUCAUUAUAAAAAAGAAUUAAAAGAUGACUCUUCACAAGAUCCUAAAAAUAUAUAAUUAGUUAUUUAAAAUAUCAGUGAAUCAGAUAAACUAAUUGAAAUCAAUACUACAGAUCAUGGAGAUAAAGAAGAAAUUUCUAAAAUUUAAAAGGGCAUGUUAGGCUCAUAAACAAUUUAAUACUAGAAGAAGAGAAUUUAAUUUAGAAAUCCUCAUUAUGAAUAAAAAGAAAAAUAGAGAAAAGAAUAUAAUUGGAAUUCUGAAGUUAUGUAAAAAUGGAAAAUUAGUAUCAAUAUUGUUCUAUUUGUUUUGAGUUUAAAAAGAACAAUUAAACAAAAAAAAUAAGAAGGUAUUAAAACUACAUAUAGUGAACAUAUAGAGAAAUAUAAAAUUAAAAAAUCUAACUUUAGAUUUAGAGACUUUGGAUUAACAAUUCUUAAAUUUAUGUUUGGCAUUUUAUUGGCUUUACUUACUAGUCUAUUACUCUUUCCAUUUAUUUUAAUAUCUGAUCUAUUUAUGAGAAUAUACACUUACAAUAACUUAUAUGUGAGUUAUGCUUUAUCACAUAAUAAUUGGUUCUAUAAAUUCAUAUUACUGAUUCAAAUCUAUAUGUAUGUGAUUGCAACUACUUUUGCUAUUGUUAUCAAUCUCUAUCAAUCAAUCAUUACUACAGUAGAAUUGAUGUACAAUAUUGUUGGAACAUUAUAAAACAAUAUAUCCAACCUCUCCAGAUUAUUAUAUUAAACUAUUCAAAAUCCAUUCUCAAAACAAAAAUGA